AUGAAUCCCAUUCCUGCUGAUUGGGCAUUGGCCACCACUCAUCUUGCUAGUGACUAUGUCUCCCGGCAGUUUUGUUCGAUUGUCGGAGUGAUGCCCAAGGUCCUCCCUCCCCCAGAGCUCGACAUCAUUUUGCUUGUGGCCUGCUGCAAUCUUGCACGGCGCCUCGCCGAUGCAUAUCUCAAUCCAGUGACAAUCAACUUUGAUUUGGUGCGCUAUUCGGAAGCGUUGCACAUGCAGGAAACCGGCAUUAAUUCUCGGCGCGAAGAAUCUCUUCUAGAGCGAUAUCCGCCGGGUGGUCAGCUUAUCCUUGAGCGGCCUACUGUUGUGCUGGACCGAUUCGGCGUUAUUGUUCUAUGGUAUCUUCCCGGGCGAUUGAUGAGGCAAUAA